AUGAAUGGAUUCAAGCAUCGUAGAACAAUGGCGUAUCAUCCAUCUUGCAACGGCCUAGUGGAACGAUUCCACCGUCAGUUAAAGGCAGCCAUAAUGUGCCACGCUGAUAGCCAUUGGGUAGACACGUUGCCUCUGAUAUUAUUGGGCAUUAGGAGCUCAUUUAAGGAUGAUCUUCGAACAUCAUCGGCCGAAUUGUUUUACGGCGAGCCUUUACGUUUACCAAACGAAUUCUUCCAAGCCACAGCUCCUGGCUCAAUAGAUAUAUCGGACUUUACCACCCGACUGCGUCAAAUAACAUAA